CGGACGACACAACACCCUCUUGACGCAGUAUUUCAGCACAGGCCAUAUACAGCUUGUGCAAUCUUGUUUGAUAACGAAGCAUUGUAUGACAUCUGCCGAACGAGCUUGGAUAUUGAGCUGCCUGGUUACCCCCACAUCAACCGGCUCGUGAGCCAGGUCAUAAGCUCCAUCACAUCCUCCAUCUGUCCAUAACUUCGAUUCGAAGGAGAUGUGAACGCCGACUUGAACGAGUUCCUGACAAACCUGGUUCCUCACCCAAGAAUCAACUACCCUUUGGCAUCCUUUUCCCCGAUUGUCUCCGCCGACAUGGCGCGUCUUUCAGACACCCAAGAGAUUACGAAUGAGUGCUUCGAGCCGUGCAGUCAGAUGGUGAAGUGUGAUAUUGCAAGUGGCAAGUAUCUAUCUUCCUCCCUGCAGUACCGCGGAGACGUCAAGCCAAGAGACGUCAGCGCUGCAAUCGCGAAGAUUAAAAGUCAGCAUAACAUGCAGUUCGUAGAUUGGUGUCCCGCCGGUUUUAAAGCCGGCAUCAGCAACCAUCGAUGCCACCUCCUGCCUGGAAGUGACCUUGGCGAGAUGAAACGCAGCCUGUUACAUCUUGCCAAUAACACUGCCAUGGGGUCAGUAUGGGCUCGUCUUGGCCACAAGUUUGACCUGAUGUACCGGAAACAUGCCUUCGUACACUGAUACACAAGGGAGGGUAUGGAAGAAGGUGAAUUCAAUGAAGCCCGUGAGGGUCUGGCUGGUUUGCAGAGGGAAUAAGAACAGGCGA